AUGCUCUCGAUUUGCGCUCGAACCGUGGUGAAUCCUCUCCGCCGCAUGGGAAAAAUAGUGAGCGAAAUAAAUCCCUUCAAACGGGACUUUUCCAAACUCAGCUACUUCCACAAUCCCGGAAAAGAGCCACUUCUGACGUGGACUGCGGGAGAUGUGAUCGACAGAGCGGCAAAUCUUUUCGGGGACACCACAGGCGUCGUGUACCCACAUCAGAACAUCAGCAAGACUUACGCAGAAUACAAAAAAGAUGUAGAUCAACUAGCUGCAAGCCUGGUGUCCCUCAAACUUCCGGUGGGCUCCAGGGUUGCCAUACUUUCUGCAAGACUUUACGAAAGUGCACAGCUGCUUUAUGCGGCUUCCAAGGCGGGACUUGUUAUGGUUGGCAUCCACACAUUCUGCACGCUUUCUGAACUUGAAUUUUGCUUAAAUAAGACUGAGUGUGCGGCUCUGAUCCUUGGGGAAAAAUUUCUUGAUAACAAGUACUACAAGAUGUUACUUCAAAUUGCACCGGAACUGGAGAAAUCAUCGCCGAGAGAAUUGAACAGCCAAAGGCUGCCGUUCCUUAAACACGUCAUCACCAUCGGCGACGAGAGGAUGCCUGGCAGUAUCACCUUCAAUGACCUGAUGAAUUCAGCAACGGCUGAAGACCACGCCACCAUGAAGUUUGUGUCUGCCAAAGUGCAGUUCGACCAAGAUGCUUUUAUCCAGUUUUCCUCAGGUACGACGGGGCAACCGAAACCGGCGCGACUGACUCACUUCAACGUUGUCAACAACGCCAACACUGUGGGACGUUUUAUUGGAUACCAUCAAAAGCGUGACAUCAUGUGCCUAAACUCAGAGCUGAUCUACGGAUUCGGCAGAACAUUGGGCGUGUUGGCUGCCACGAUGUUCGGUUCGACCGUGGUUACGCCGGGAGCUAGAUUCUCACCAAAAGCUGUCCUGGAUUCCAUCACCGAGCACAGAUGCACGAUCCUCACCGGUUCGACAUUCAUCUUCUAUGAGAUCCUGCGUGAGCUUGAAGAAGGAGCAUACGACGUUUCUUCUAUCAGAAAGGCAAUCAUGUCCGGGUCGUUAUGUAAUCCUGCGAUUGUAGAAAAAAUGAGAACACGAAUAAACGCCCAAGCUGUAUACAUCAUGUACGGUGCCACCGAGACCAGUCCAAUCUUCAGCUCCACGAACCCUGAUGAGCCCACGGAUCUCUGGAUUCGUACAAUCGGGACACCGCUGGACCACGUUGAGGUGAAGGUUGUUGACGCCGAAGGCAGGAUCGUUCCCGUGAACACAACGGGAGAGCUGUGUACCCGAGGCCCCCACGUCUUUAGGGGCUAUCUCAACGAUGACGCCAAGACAAGUGAAGCUAUCCGAGACAACUGGUAUCACACGGGGGACGAGGGAACAAUGGACGAGGACGGUAGGCUUACUUUUGUGGGCCGCGUCAAAGAAAUGAUCAACUUCACGGGUCUAAAAGUGGCGCCACUGGAGAUCGAGAAUGUCCUGAACUCGCACCCUGACGUGGAGGAGGCGCAGGUGAUUGGAGUACCGGACGAACAGAUGGGUGAAACGAUAUGGGUUUGGAUCAAAGUGAAACCAGAUAAAAACUUAUCCCCCGAAGACAUCAAAUCCUUUUGCAAGGGCAAGGAGCUGCCCUGGUACAAGAUACCGGAAUAUGUGCUCUUCGUGGACUCUUUCCCGAGGACUCAGACCGGCAAAGUUCAGAAGCAUAAAAUGCGCGAGGAGAGCAAACAACUCCUGAACUUGUGA